GAAACAGAAAUAUGCAUUAUUUGCGUAAGUGUUCAAAAUCCACGUUGACGAGAAAGUGUAUUAAGUUGGGGGUCGAAUGAGUAUUCUCUGUCCUCUCUGCCCCCCAAAUACUCAGACAUUCACUGCUGGUCAAAUUCUAAGAAUUUAAAAACACACUGCCAUUGUUUGCUUAGAGCAUUACCCCUGGGUCGAAAGCUCAGCCCUGGAGAUCGAUAUACUUUCAACACCGCCACCCCCACACCGAGCCACGAGAACAACACUCCCCCAAAGCAAGGGGUUUCUUGGUCUUAUGUACGGUCAAGCCAGGAUAGCGAGAGUAGCAGCAAUGAUGUGUGCUGUGUGUAGUUUUAUAUGUAUAACAGUGCUAGUGUUGCUAACGUGUCCCUCGGCGUAUAGAUCAGCUGUACCGAGGCCUGAAACUCUUGAGCGAAGGGAGAGAGAGGCCGAUCAGCUGCAGCAGCUCGGUGCAUCAGCCCUAAACACGGCCUCGGCCUUUGAACCGUAUCGUGACCCGGCCAGCAGAACUGCUACUGAGCCUGACGUCCAGCAGCAGCAUCAGCACAACAUCUUGUUCUCACCCUCGUGCCUGGGGUCAGCUCUGGCUCAGCUGUGCCCAGUUUCUGGGUCUGAUAGCCAGAGCCGGCCCUGGAGGCCCCGGGGAUGGUGGCCAACUAGACAGAACACAACCUGCAGGCCACCAUAUCUGCUCUCACAGAUUUGCAAUGCAGCCUCCUCUUCAGGAGGGAGGGAGCGGAGGUGGGCUUCAGAAGGCAACGUCUGGGGCCGGAGCCAGGACAGAUGCUGGGAUUGGUGGUGCCACAGCAGGAGUGGCAAAUUGGAGCUCAGGCAGAUGACGGUGCAAAAGAAAGAACUAGGGACACCUCAUGAGGUCAUGCUGAAGGUGGAAGAGACUAAGGCAAAGGAAGGGGGGAGACCUGACACCAUGCUCGACUUCUCUGUCCCCCCAUGAAUAACCUUUGGCAGCUCGUUCAUGCUCAUAAUCUGUGACACUCUCACGGGGCUCAUCCUGCUUAUUGGAAGACUCGUGGAUCCCACAGAUGUCUCGACAUGAGUGAACAUCACACUCUUCUCUUUUUCUUGUGUUCACUGUUUUCACAUAGAGAAGAUGACAGUCCCGGUAGAACAGCAUAUCAUUUCCUGGCAGGAAAACAGGCGUUUACAGCAGUUUCACUGAAGCUGCAGAGGGAGUUUUGUUUUUCAAACAUUACAGGGUGAUUUAUGGUUUAUUUCUCCAUUUUCAUGAAAUGAUGAAAAGAGAUUUAAAUGGCAGCAAUUUAUCCCCGUGACUGAAUCGCUGCUAUUCUU